AUGCCACCAAUUCGCUCUCGAUCUUCUCAAAAUUCAAUAGAGCAAGAAGGCAGGAUCUUAUUAGCUAUCCAGGCUAUUCAGAAAAAAGAAAUCAGCUCUAUUCGUGAGGUAGCACGCCGAUUUAACGUGCCGAGAUCAACCCUUUCAACGCGCCUUAAUGGGGUUCAAAAUCGCGCGAUUUCUCGCGCCAAUUUACAAAAGCUUACAGAUAUUGAAGAGGAAUCGCUUCAGAAAUGGAUUCUAUCUAUAGAUUCUCGAGGAUCAGCUCCCCGGCCCUCUACCGUCUGA